AUGAAUAGAGAUAUAACGAGUUAUUCAAUUGUUGGCCGAAUUGGCGAAGGCGCUCAUGGGCUUGUGUUCAAUGCUCGUCAUCUACCAACCGGCAGGGAAGUGGCUCUGAAGAAAAUUCUCAUCAAAAAUCUAGAAGAUGGUAUACCAGUGAAUGUUAUGAGGGAAAUUAAGGCUUUGCAAUUACUCAGAUGUAAAUAUGUAAUAAAGCUAUACGACAUGUUCCCAAGUGGUAUGAGCUUAGUUCUAGUACUAGAGUACAUGUGCUCAGGUCUAUGGGAUAUGCUGCACCAUAAACAACAAGAGCUGACCUUGCCAAGAGUAAAGGCCUACGCUCAAAUGCUUUUGAAAGGGACGCGUUAUAUGCACGCACAUUAUGUCAUGCAUCGGGAUCUUAAACCAGCGAACUUGCUAAUAAAUCAUGAAGGUGUGCUUAAAAUUGCUGACUUGGGUCUGGCUCGUCUGUUUUGGCCAGAUGGCGGACGUCCUUAUUCCCAUCAAGUAGCUACGAGGUGGUACCGAGCACCAGAGCUCUUGUAUGGAGCCCGGUAUUACAGCGAAAAUGUGGAUGUUUGGGCCGUUGGAUGCAUAAUCGCUGAAAUGAUAACCAAGAAGCCGCUGUUUGCUGGUGAAUCAGACAUAGAACAAUUAGCGAUCGUCGUGCAACACCUUGGCACGCCAACUGAAGAGACGUGGCCUGGUCGUUCGGAUCUCCCAGAUUACCACAAGAUCACGUUUCCGGAAUGUCCUCCCAUGUCAUGGACAGACAUUUUACCUGACGUUGACCCAGAGGCUCUCCAUUUUAUAAAAUCAUUCAUACUUUAUGAUGAGAAGAAGCGUAUAUCUGCAAAGGAGGCCUUAAAGCAUUCGUGGUUUCGUUCAAAACCAACAGCCGCCAAUCUUGAAGAAAUGCCAAAACCAAAUCCGAACGCCAAAUGGUAA